AUGUCCCCACCACCGGCUUCACACGACGAAGGCAGGGGUGACCAGCACGGUCGCACUUCUGCCCUGGCCUCUGACACCUCGACGCGCUCGAGCGUCGACGGCGCCAACCAAGUCGGCGCCGCUACCACCACCGCUCCGUCUCCCGACAAGGAAGACGAGAAGCGGACCAGCGACGACCUGCACGUGACGCCCGCCGCCGAUGUCAAGCUCGAGUCGCAGAAGAGCCGGCAGGACGCCGCCGCCGACCUCGAGGUGCGGCUGGCCAACCCGCUCAAGGGCUACUCGCGCUCCGAUGUCGUCCAGCGCGCACGCGACUUUGCCCACGCCGCCGGCCUCGACGAUCUGGCCGACGUGUUCGCCAAGGGGGCGCUCCUGGCCCGCGACCCGCUGCGGUUCGAGGAUAUGCCCGAGCUCGACGAGGCCGACAAGGAGGCCGUCCGCCGCGAGACGACGCACCGCUGGCAGCAUCCGCGCCAGCUCUACAUGCUCGUCAUCUGCUGCUCGCUCGGCGCCGUCGUCCAGGGCAUGGACCAGUCGGUCAUCAACGGCGCCAACCUCUUCUUCCCGACGACCUUUGGCAUCCAGAACGAGUCGUCGUGGCUGCUCGGCAUCAUCAACAGCGCGCCCUACUUCUCCUGCGCCCUGCUGGCGUGCUGGGUCACGGAGCCGCUCAACCACUACUUCGGACGUCGCGGAGCCAUCUUUAUCAGCUGUGCCAUCGCGCUGCUCACCUGCGUCUGGGCGGGCCUGACGCACACCUGGUGGCACCUGCUCAUCUCGCGCAUCUUUCUCGGCUUCGGCAUCGCGCCCAAGAGCGCCACGGUGCCCAUCUACGCCGCCGAGACGGUGCCCGCGCAGAUCCGGGGCGGCCUGGUGAUGCAGUGGCAGCUGUGGACGGCGGGAGGCAUCAUGCUCGGCUUCGUGGCCGACAUCGCCUUCUACAAUGUGCCGAACCAGUCGGGCAUCGACGGCCUCAACUGGCGGCUGAUGCUGGGUUCGGCGGCGAUCCCGCCCAUCUUUGUGCUGGUGUUGGUCUACAUGUCUCCCGAGAGUCCGCGAUGGUACCUUGGCAAGCGACGCUUCGCGGAUGCGUACAAGGCGAUGUCGAGGCUCCGCAACACUCCGCUGCAGGCCGCGAGGGACGUCUACUUUGCCUACGAGGGCAUGCUGGCCGAGGAGGAGGCCAACCGGAACAAGUCGCGCUCCCGGCUCCUGGAGCUCUUUACGGUUCCCCGGAUACGCAAGGGAACGCAGAGCGCUACGUUCGUGAUGAUUAUGCAGCAAGCCUGUGGCAUUAACGUCAAUGCUUAUUACGGCUCCUCCAUCUUCAAGGAGGCGGGCGCCACGGAGCUCACCGCGCUCGGCGCAUCGCUCGGCUGGGGCGCCGUCAACUGGAUCGCGGGCUUCCCUGCCAUCUGGACCAUCGACAAGCUCGGACGCCGCGGCCUCCUCCUCAUCGGCUUCCCGCUGAUGGCCAUCUUCCUUUUCUGGGCUGGCUUUAGCUUCUAUAUAACCAGCGACAACGCCCGCGUCGCCAUGGUCGCCCUCGGCACCUACCUCCACUGCAUCUCGUACAGCCCCACAGAGGGGCCCGUCCCCUUUACCUAUUCCUCCGAGAGCUUCCCGCUCGCCCACCGCACCAUUGGCAUGACCUGGGCCGUCAGCGUCUGCUGGUUCUUCAACGGCGUCCUCUCGCUCACCUUCCCCGCCAUGACCGAGACGCUGACCAACACGGGCGCAUUCUGCUUCUACGGCGCGUGGAACGUGUUUGGCUUCGUCUACACCUACUUCCUGCUACCCGAGACCAAGUCGCUCACCCUCGAGGAGCUCGACGCCGUCUUCUCGGUGUCCAACCGUCGACACGCCGGCUACUUUGCAAAGAAGCUGCCCUGGUACACGGACAAGUACCUCUUCCGCCGGUCUGUCGCCGACUUCCCGCCGCUCUACGAGCACGAGCGUCUUUCCGCCGAAGAGAGGGCGGCGCGCGGUACCGCUGUCCCCGCCGCCGCCGGCCACUAG